CGAGUUCAUCUAGUGCAUUACAAGUCGUCGGAGUUAUGAAGUUAUUUUAUACCAAAAAAAAAAAUGUAAACAAAAAUUGUGGAAAUCCCUUUCUCUCUUCUACCACAUUUCUUAUUAAUGUGGCCAUGUCAGCGACACAUUUAAAACCGAUGCCCAUUUCUGAUGGUAGAGCAUCCGAAGAUAGCGAAGCUUUCUCUUUAAGAGAAGAAGAUCCACUUUCUUUAGCAUCUGAAGCUCUACUUGAUGACAAUAAUACUACUGUGGAGCCAAAGAGUCUGGUCAAGACUUCUGCUAUAAACUUGUUUUGGAUACUGAUGUGGUAUACAUUUGCCACUAUAUUAUCAGUAUAUAAUAAGUGGAUGUUUUCAGCAGAACAUUAUGGAUUUGGAUAUCCCCUUUUUGUGACAAGUGUGCACAUGAUUGUUCAAUUUACGUUUUCUGGAACUUCUUUACUAAUCGUGCCUAGUUUGAGACCUACCAAAAGACCUUCCGUUUCCGAUUACAUAUACAAAGUAUUACCCUGCGCAUUAGCCACGAGUCUUGAUAUUGGUUUGUCAAAUCUUUCUUUAAAAACCAUCACAUUAUCAUUUUAUACCAUGUGUAAAUCAUCUACACUUGCUUUUGUAUUGUUAUUUGCAUUUUUAUUCAAGCUGGAGAAACCAAGCUGGAAGCUGAUUUUGAUUAUUGUGAUUAUCACUGCUGGCGUAGUCUUGAUGGUAUCGGAUGAAACGGAUUUUAAUUUAAUUGGAUUCGUCCAGGUCAUGGCAGCAUCAGCCUUUGGUGGCUUACGCUGGUCCUUAACGGAAGUACUUUUGCGUAAGGAAAGUAUGGGGUUAACAAAUCCAUUUGCUUCUAUUUUUUUUCUGGCUCCUGCACAAGCCAUAAUUCUACUGAUUAUUUCUGCACUAGUCGAAGGUUAUAUCACCAUUUUUACAAGUUCAUUUUUUGUUGAUUUUUUGACAGGCGCACAUACUAUUGGCAUUGUUUUGGCAGGCGGGAGUCUUGCCUUUUUCAUGAUCAUGUCGGAAUUCUUUUUAAUUAAACGUACAUCGGUGGUGACACUAAGUGUAUGCGGUAUAUUUAAAGAAGUAGCAACUAUUUUUAUUUCGUCACUUGUGUUUGGAGAUAUCCUCACCUUGAUCAACAUUAUUGGUUUAUGCAUCACCCUAUUCGGUAUCGGUCUAUACAACUGGUUUAAAUUAAAAAUGGUAACUUCACGCAAACAAAUAUCAGACGAAGUUGAACCAGAGAACACGUCAUCGCAUCAUCUCUAUAGCACAGUAGCAGAAAGCACCCCCAUUUUGUUGGUGGACGGCGGUCUUUCCGGUUAUAGAGAUAGUGAAGAUGAUGAAGACAAUAGACACAACAGAUACGAAAUGCGAUAGACAAUAAACUUAAUUACCAUACAUAAUAAUUAUUUACUUUUAAAAAAAACGCAACUG